ACCAGGGUUGGGAAGCCCUGCCUUAAAUGCUUUUCAAGUCUUACUGGAACAACCGGUACUUGAAUGGAAUGUGGUGAUCAAGUCCUGUACUGUCUUAUUGGUUUCAGAGGGUCUCAUCCAUUUGUACUUGAGUGCGUACACGCGAGUUGCGCAAAUUAAUAGAAGUACAAGCUGCUACAGGGAGUCUCUGUAUUUGAAGAUGGCUGUCAACAUCCCUGGUCUGAUCGCUGUAAUUGUGUUUUAUAUACUCAUUCUGGCAACUGGCAUUUGGGCUUCAAGAAAAGCCAAGAAAGAAGAGAAGAAAUGCACGGGAAACAAAAGCGAGGUGUCCAUGGUUGGGGGCCGAAACAUGAAUCUCUGGGUUGGGAUUUUCACUACGACCGCAACGUGGGUUGGAGGAGGUUACAUCAUGGGCACAGCAGAAGUGGUUUAUGAUCCAGCAAUGGGCCUAAUCUGGUCUACUCAACCACUGGCAUAUGCACUUAGCUUGUUUGUUGAAUUUUUUUUUUUCUUUAUACUAGGUGGGCUUUUCUUUGCUAAACCCAUGAGAGACAAGAAUUAUGUUACCAUGAUGGACCCAUUCCAGAUCCGAUAUGGAAAUACGUUGAUGAGUCUGCUUUCUGUUCCUGUAUUAAUAGCAGAAGUAGCUUGGGCAGCCAACAUACUUGCUGCUUUGGGAGGAACAAUUUAUGUAAUACUGGGUAUUGCAUCCUAUCAGUCAAUCCUAAUGUCUGGUGGAGUGGCAAUAUUAUAUACAUUACUCGGGGGCCUGUACUCUGUAUCCUACACAGAUGUUAUCCAGCUCCUCUUUAUAUUUGUCAGCUUGUGGCUUUGUAUUCCAUUUCUCAUGUUGAAUCCAGCAUCUACAGAUAUUAUAUAUACCGCUGUUGACGAAUUAUAUCAAGCUCCCUGGGUUGGGAAACUAGACCUAGUAGACCUAUGGAGAUGGCUGGAUGAUCUUUUACUAAUGGUUUUUUCUAGUGUUUGUUACCAAGACUUUUAUCAGAGAGUUCUUGCAACAUCAUCUACUGCACAUGCUCAGAAAAUGUGCUACGCUGCCGCAGUGUUUUGUUUUUUCUUGGGUGUCCCUUCUAUGCUCAUUGGUGCAAUAGCAGCUUCAACUGACUGGAACCAGACAAGUUAUGGUUUACCCACCCCAUAUGAGAAAGGGGAGGCAGGUAUCAUCUUGCCCAUCGCACUGCAGCACUUGUGCCCUGUCUACAUCUCCAUAGCUGGGAUCGGAGCAAUCGCCGCUGCUGUGAUGUCAUCCAUGGACUCGGCACUUCUAGCCGCCGGUUCCAUGUUUGCAUUCAACAUUUAUAAGAACAUGUUAAGGAAAAGGGCAUCUGACAGAGAAGUCCUGUGGGUGAUCAAGAUCUCAGUGAUUUUCUUUGGAGUUGCUGCCAUGGGUAUUGCUAUGAUAACCACUUCAAUGUAUGGAUUGGGGAUCAUUUCUGGAGAGUUGCUGUAUAGUAUUCUUUUUCCUCAAACUGUUUGCAUCCUGUUUGUCCCAAUGUCAAACGGCUAUGGUGCUUCAGUGGGACUAGUAGUGGGGUUGACCCUGAGACUUUUAGGAGGGGAUUCGUUCCUUAACUUCCCUCCUGUUAUUCCCUACCCAGGCUGCACACUCGUAGAUGGCGUCUAUGUGCAGCUCUUUCCAUUCAAAACCUUGACUAUGCUGCUUUCUCUGUUCAGUAUUGUUUCUGUCUCCUAUCUCACAUCACUGCUGUUUAAACGGGGCCUGUUGCCCAAAAAGUGGGAUAUUUUUUAUGCAAGUAAAAAAACUGACAUUAUUCUGAAAGAAACUGAACUAUCACCUAUUAACAAUGAAGAAGAUGUUGGGGGAAAUGAAAAUCAAGCAUAAAUGGAAUGAUACAGGGAGCUUAAUGGUAAAUCUCCUAGUGCCGGUCAGUUAAUUUCUUUUUUAUUUUGCGUCAACUACAUUUGUCAGAAAUGACCCAAAGAACCAUCCUGUAUAGACUGUAAUUGUUUCACGGGUUUCACGAAAUUCCCAUUGCUGAAAGAAUAGUGUAAUUACACAUAUUUAUCAUUUAAAAAACAAAUACAGCUGUUUGCCUUAUUGCUGUACUACCUGUUACACUGCAUGUAGGAACCUGGUAGAUGGUUCAGAUGAUUUAUACUGGACCCUGACGCACCCGAUUAAACGAGGGCAUGGUUGUACAGUAUUUGUGAUUAGCCUGUUUGUUUUUCUAUGGGUCUCUCGCUAUAUCACGGCCCUCGAUAAAUACCGGAUUUAUAUUGGACUCAGACACCCGCAAUAUAUCAAAUGGGUGGUGUAUAUACUUGUGUGGGGGGGAAUGUAAGAUUGGCAGAUUAAAUCUGUCCCUGCCAACUGUCACAUUUGUGUCCAUUUCCCAAUUAGGUAAUUCAAUGCUAAUUGUGGAAUGGUCACAUACAGACGUGCUCAAAUUUGUUGGUACCCCUCCACAAAAAACGAAGAAUGCACAAUUUUCUCUGAAAUAACUUGAAACUGACAAAAGUAAUUGGCAUCCACCAUUGUUUAUUCCAUAUUUAAUAGAAAUCAGACUUUGCUUUUGAUUUUUUAUUCAACAUAAUAUUGUAAAUAAUAAAACAAAUGAAAAUGGCAUGGACAAAAUGAUGGGACCGCUAACCUAAUAUUUUGUUGCACAACCUUUAGAGGCAAUCACUGCAAUCAAACGUUUUCUGUAGCUCUCAAUGAGACUUCUGCACCUGUUAACAGGUAGUUUGGCCGACUCUUCCUGAGCAAACUGCUCCAGCUGUCUCAGGUUUGAUGGGUGCCUUCUCCAGACUCCAAGUUUCAGCUCUUUCCAUAGAUGUUCGAUAGGAUUCAGAUCAGGACUCAUAGAAGGCCACUUCAGAAUAGUCCAAUGUUUUGUUCUUAUCCAUUCUUGGGUGCUUUUAGCUGUGUGUUUUGGGUCAUUAUCCUGUUGGAGGACCCAUGACCUGCGACUGAGACAGAGCUUUCUGACACUGGGCAGUACGUUUUGAUCCAGAAUGCCAUGAUAGUCUUGAGAUUUUAUUGUGCCCUGCACAGAUUGAAGGCACCCUGUGCCAGGCGCAGCAAAGCAGCCCCAAAACAUAACCGAGCCUCCUCCAUGUUUCACUGUAGGUAUGGUGUUCUUUUAUUUGAAAGCUUCAUUCUUUCGUCUGUGAACAUAAAGCUGAUGUGACUUGCCAAAAAGCUCCAGUUUUGACUCCCAGAAAGAUUGUGGCUUGUCAAUAUGCAUUUUAGCAAAUUCCAGUCUGGCUUUUUUAUGUUUUUCUUUCAAAAGUGGAGUCCUCCUGGGUCUUCUUCCAUGGAGCCCACUUUCGCUCAAAAAGCGACGGAUGGUGUGAUCAGAAACUGACGUACCUUCACCUUUGAGUUCAGCUUGUAUCUCUUUGGCAGUUAUCCUUGGUUCUUUUUCUACCAUUCGCACUAUCCUUCCGUUCAAUCUGGGGUCGAUUUUCCUCUUGCGGUCGUGCCCAGGGAGGUUGGCUACAGUUCCAUGGACCUUAAACUUCUUAAUAAUAUUUGCAACUGUUGUCACAGGAAGAUCAAGCUGCUUGGAGAUGGUCUUAUAGCCUUUACCUUUACCAUGCUUGUCUAUUAUUUUCUUUCUAAUCUCCUCAGACAACUCUCUCCUUUGCUUUCUCUGGUCCAUGUUCAGUGUGGUGCACACAAUGAUACCAAACAGCACAGUGACUACUUUUCUCCAUUUAAAUAGGCUGAAUGACUGAUUACAAGAUUGGAGACAUGUGUGAUACUAAUUAAAGAAACUAAUUAGUUUGAAAUAUCACUGUAAUCCAAUUAUUUAUUAUCUUUUCUAAGGGGUACCAACAAAUGUGUCCAGGCCAUUUUAGAAUAUCUUUGUAGAAUAAGCAAUAAUUCAUCUCUUUUCACAGCUUCUUUGCUUUAUUCUAUGACAUACCAAAGGCAUGCAAGUAUACAUGAUAAAAUAGCUUUUAAUUUCAUCACUUUUCAGGAGGAAUGAAGCAUUAUUUCAAUGAGCUGCAAGGGUACCAACAAAUUUGAGCACGUCUGUAUAUAAAAAGGGGAGAAAUCUUUUGCUUGGGAGAGGAGUUUGGAGUGAGUUUGUGUUGGUGUUGGUAUUUCGACAGCUGUGUAGUGAAGGCGAAUGCCAGCCUACACGUGUUUAGUCUUUUGUUGAAAGCUUUUAUUUUGGCCCUCAUGCCCUGUUUGUUUUGGUGUAUUUUGUUUGUAAUAAACAUGUGUAACAAC